AUGGUUGACCGUGGUACCGAUGUGGUCUUAGAAGUACGACAUCCCGGUUCUUCUGCUGGCGGAACUAUUUUCCGACCAAACGAAGCUUCAACCCCAGAACCUCGGAGACCGACACAACUGUCACUUCCUGCACCGGAGAAAAAACUGACUCUUUUUGCCUUACGACUCGCUGUUCUUGAGAAGAUUGCUUCACGGUUAGGAUCUUUAGGAUUCGUGUGGGCCACGGUUGUUCUUCUUGGUGGAUUCGCCGGAAGUUUAGAGUCAACAGAUUUCUGGUUUGUUACUGUGAUUCUUGUCAUCGAAGGAGCUCGGAUUUUCAGCAGAAGCCAUGAGCUUGAACUUCAGCACCAGUCUAAAUACACAAUCUCUGGAAUCAACGGCUUCUGGUUCCUUGUGAGGCAAGUUAUCCAAAUAUUCCACAAGGCGGCUGACAUUGCUGUGAACGACAAUAGACCACCGAUUCAAGAAACGAGAACAGAUCAAUCAAGGCAGAUCUCGCGGACAAGGACAUGGCAAAGCUCAGAUGUUCCGAUGUUGCCUUACACAGGAUGGGUUUUCGUUUCAAGAAACGUGAGUAGAGUCUUCUACUGGCUUCAGAUUGCUUCUGCUUUCGCUACCAUUGUCAUCUCCAUGCUCAAGCUCAUCAAGCAAGACUAUAGAGGCAAUGAUCCCAAACCUAAAAGCACGAAUCUUCACGCUGCUUUGACACUCUUUUACGCCCUAGCCCUCGCUGAGUCUUUUCUGUUCCUUGUUGAGAAACUUUACUGGGAAUGGAUGAUCAACGUUUUACAGAUUCUUGAAAAAGUGAAUCAAGAAUGUGGUCUCGAGAGAUUUGGAACUGGAUCGGUGAGAAGAUUCUUCUACGAUGCUUACUCGAGAUGUCUCAAUGGAAGCAUCUUCGACGGAUUGAAGAUGGACAUGGUGAUUUUCGCCAUGGAGCUGUUGGUGUCGAAUUCUCCUGAUGAGCACCUCAUUGGAGCAGAGAUUCUCUGUAGAUUCUCAACGAACAAGGACUAUUCUAUUGAUACUCUGCAGAAGAUUGGAACUAAUCUAGCGAUCACAGAGAGGUUAGUUGAGAUGUUGAACUGGAGAAACCAGAAUCAAGAAGUUGUGAGAAGAUCAUCAGCAGAGAUUCUCUCAAAACUAGCUAGCAAGAAGCAGAAUUCUCUGAGAGUUGCAGAGAUCCCUGGAGCUAUUGAGUCCAUAUCCUCUCUUCUAGAGAGCACUAGAGAUUCAGGUCAAGCCACUGAUGAGAUUGGAGAAAACAGUAUCAGCCAAACAGAUUUAUGGACGUUCAACAAUCUUGGAUUGUUGAUCUUGAAAAGGCUAGCUAGAGAUCAGGACAACUGUGGGAAGAUUGGGAAAACAAAAGGGUUACUCUCAAAGAUCGUUGACUUCACUUACGCUGAGAAGAGACUGUUGAAAGAUCCAAAUGCUGCGGUUGCAGAGCCUUACAAGAUCUUGGCAGUGAGACGCUCUUUGAAGCUGUUGAGGAGGCUGGUGACAAGUACCGGUGCAACGGGGAAGAACUUGAGGAGUAACAUCUCUGGGAUUGUCUUCACAGUGAGUAACAUUAGGGAAACGUUACGCCAUGGGAAGAAGAGACCUGAGUUGCAGAAGAUUGGUGCAGAGAUCUUGACUUUCCUUGCGCUUGAUGAAGGUGCAACCGAGAAGAUUGGUGGCACGGGAGGGGUUUUGAAGGGACUUCUCAACAUUUUCUUGAACGAUGAGAUUGUAGAGAAUCAAACUAGUGGUGUGAGAGUCUCGGCUGGUGAGUCUAUUGCUAUGUUAGCUCAAGGAAGUAAGAGCAAUUGCCAACGGAUCUUGAGAUCAGAUAAUGAUGCUCUUCCGGGACUCGUUAAGGCUUUGAACAACCAGUUGAUUCGGUUGAAUGCAGCGAGAAUCUUGCGGAAUCUCUGCGCAUAUACAGCUCCUGAUCAGUUCCAUGAACAGCUGAAAGAAGUUAAAUAUGCAGGAGCAACAGUUCUUAAGGCGAUACAGUGUGAAGAGAGCAAAGCUCAAGAAGUUAUGGUGGGAUUAGCACCUCAUAUUCUCAAGUUAAUUAGUCCUGAGGAAUCGACAGAAAUGUUCAAGGAAGCAGGAGUGAGCAAGGAAGAAUUAGCCGAGGCAUUAGUCAAGAUCCUCAAGAGAUAUGAGCAGCCAGUGCCAAAGGUUCCAAGAAUCAGGAGGUUUGCAAUAGAGCUAACCAUUCAGAUGAUGAGAACUAAUCCUAAGACGGUCAAGACUUUUCAAAACCUUGGGAUGAGGAAUGAGUUAGAGACUGUCUUUGAGACUGCGGCUGAGGUUGAGAACUUUGAUAUAUUCUCUGGCACUGUUGGUUUGGCACGUCAUGGCUCAACGAUCAAUGAACUCAUUGAAGAAGCAAUGCAGUUGUUGAGUUAA